AUGGGCUCCCAGCCGCCGCCGCGCCCCGAGAGCGAGGCGCUGGCGGCGCGCAGCCCGGAGCCGGGCGCCGGCGGCCGGGGGCCCGACUGGCAGGUGCUGCUGGGGCGCGCCGACUCGCUCGCCCGCGGCGGGAGGCUGCACGACGCCUUCCAGCUCUACCAGCUGGCGUCCCGCCACCGGCAGCUGCGGGCCGAGCAGCUGGGCAGGCUGGUGGAGUGCCUGGCGCAGAGCAUCCGGAUCAAAGAGGGGCUGCCCGCCCCCGGCGGCGGCGCGGCCAGCCUGCUGCAGCCCCGCGAGUGGGACGUCUUCAGGUGCCGCAAGUGCCAGGGCUUCCUCUUCGAGCCCGUCUCGCUGCCGUGCGGACACACCUUCUGCAAAAAGUGCCUGGAGAGGGAGCGGGCGGCCGAGGCCCGCUGCGUCCUGUGCAGGCAGGAGGGCGGCUCGGCGGCCGGGCAGCUCCUGCGGGUCAACGUCAUCCUCAGCAACCUGCUGGCCAAGUGGUUCCCCGGGCAAGUGAAGGCGUCGCGGCUCAGGCACGAAGGGAACCUCUUGUACAAGGAGAAGAAGCUGCAGGCUGCCCUGCAGAAGUACAACGAGGCGGUCAGCUUAGCUCCAAAUGACCACUUACUAUACAGCAAUCGGUCCCAGAUCAACUCUACUUUGAAAGCUUGUGAAGAUGCAUUGCAUGAUGCAGAAACAGCAUGCAGACUCCAGCCAUACUGGUUGAAAGGUCACUUAAGGAAAGGACAAGCAUUAGCUAAUCUGGGAAAAAUAGAAGAAGCUUUAAGAGAGUUUCUGUUCUGCCUUGCUCUAGAUACUGGGAACAAGAUGGCCAAAUCUGAGGCUCAAAAGCUUCUACUUAGUUUAUUUUCACUCAUCCCGGGAAACGCUCAGGAACACUUACCUGAUAUCCUGCAGCUGUUGUCACAUCACUCUAGAUUAAAGGGGAAUCUUUUAAACUCAGUGGGAUCUGGAGGCACCAGCCAUAAUCUACAGAGGUUGCUCAAGAUAAAUGUGGAACAGAAAAAGGGUUUUCCUGUUCAAGAGGAACAAAAUGUAACUACUUCUGGCAGCUUGAGGAAAUCUGUACAAAUAACAGAGAGUAAAAGGGACUGCUCAGAUGGGGAGAACAAACUCACCUCCAUAUCAGAGUCUGCCUUUCUCAUUUCUGAGAAGUGCAACCUUCUGAAAAGGAAGUGCUGCUCUGAGGAGGUGAGAAGUGCUGAGGUGCCCUGCAAGCUCAUGAAGAAAGAUACAGCUGAUAUCAAGGGAAGUAGUGCUGGGUACCAUAUUCCAUUUGAAUUUGUGGAUCCAUCAGAUUUGGAUUGCUCCCUGUGUAUGAGGCUCUUCUAUGAACCUGUCACUACACCUUGUGGGCAUACGUUCUGUCUCAAAUGCCUUGAGAGAUGCCUGGAUCACAACCCAAAAUGCCCCCUGUGCAAAGAAGGUCUCUCAGAGUGCUUGGCUAUGAGGAAAUACUGUAAAACGGUACUAAUGGAGGAGCUGAUAGCUAAAUAUCUUCCAGAGGAACUCACUGAAAGAAGAAGGAUUUAUGAAGAGGAAAUAGCAGAGCUUUCAAACCUAAAUAAGAAUGUUCCUAUAUUUGUCUGCACAAUGGCUUAUCCUACAGUCCCCUGCCCUUUGCACAUCUUUGAGCCAUGUUAUCGACUGAUGAUUCGACGGUGCAUGGAGACUGGCACCAAACAAUUUGGGAUGUGCAUCAGCGACCCUGUCAAGGGGUUUGCAGAUUAUGGCUGCAUUUUGGAGAUCAGAAAUGUUGAAUUCUUUGCUGAUGGUCGCUCUGUUGUGGAUAGCAUCGGCAAGAGGAGAUUUAAGGUGAUACAGCACAGCCAGCGUGAUGGCUAUAAUACAGCAGAUAUUGAGUAUAUCGAGGAUCAAAAGGUGCAAGGACAAGACUAUGCUGCAUUACUUGUUCUCCAUGAUUCUGUCUAUGAUCAGGCAUACAUGUGGUUUAACUCACUCAAGCAAGCGCUCAAAAGUCGAAUUCUCAGUCAUUUUGGUCCAAUGCCGGCUAAGGAUCCUGACCCACAGGCUAACCCUAAUGGGCCAGCCUGGUGCUGGUGGGUCCUAGCUGUCCUUCCACUUGAGAACAGAGCUCAGCUCCCUUUCCUUGCCAUGAAAUCCCUCAAAGACCGCUUGAAUGGCAUCAGACGUGUCCUUACAUUCAUGACCCGUACAAGAUCACGGUGAUGCCAGGGGUAAAGCUGCCAGACUUUCUUAAGCAGAAAUUUGUGUGCACGCACUAUGGUCAUGCAUACCCAGUGCAUCUGUUGCAACCUGGAAACACUGGACCUGUUGCACAUAAUGCAUACAGUUGAUUUGCAUGUGCACAAUAAAUCCAACAUACUGAGAAAGUUAAUCUGUAUAUGUACAGCAGCAUUCUAUCUGGGACUGCUCUGUGGCCGCACAUCCUAGAUCAAUGUAUAAAGUGCAAAAUGCAUCCAGGGUGGGGGAAGAAAUGGGGGGAAAAAAUGCUGGAAAACACAAACCUGUUCAGGAAAAGCUGGAUGAAUAGCUUUAGCCUUUGGUGAGUUAAGAUGAUAAUUCAGUAUUGAGAUUUAAAAACAAAAAAAAUCUUCCAAUUAUGCCACAGCACUCUUGAUUUUUGAAUUGUAUUAAUUGGUACAAUUAUGUAAAUACAGCAUUUAUUAGAAGCAUGAAUAAACAGCUGAAUAGAUUUAAAAAUACCUUCACUUUAAUUAGAGAUACAGCAUUGAUCAGAUAAGAUGAUCAUUGAGGGGAUAUUCUAUUUAUGCUUUUCACAGUAUUCUAGAUUCCUAUUUGUCCCCCUACCAAAUCUUGCUGAUAUUGUUGAAAAAAAAUCAUGACUCAAUUUUGCAUUUCCUGUGUGGCCAGAAGUAUUGAUUAGUCUUUGUUAGGGCAUAAGCAAUACAUAAUUUUUGCUAGCCCUCCAUCAAGGUUAAUUUCUGUUGACCCUAGAUCACUGAGUUUUAGGAUUAUUAAAAUCAAUGGAUUUUUUUUGAUUCCAUGGAAAUGUGAUCAGUCCCUCUUAAAAGAAGGAAAACAGAAAAAGCCAUUGCCCUGUGAGGCAGAGGGGAAAGGCAAGAAAAGGCUCAAACUAUAAUUAAAUAAUCAGUCUCCAGAAGAAUAUUGUGUGUAAAGCCACCUAAAUCUCUCCUGGAGGCUUCUUGAAAGCUUUAGAUUUCCAUUUUUGAGAUAGUUUUGUUCAUUUGUAAAACCCCCUUCACUCUUCUGUAAGUAAGUGAAGUAUUUAAUCCAAAUACAUUAAAAUAAGUAACAAAGGCUGGCUAUGUCACCUUUCCAAAUAUCUGUAUAUAUGUGUGUCAUUUCUAAUUAAAAACAUUCUCUCAGACGAGUAUUAUGUUCUCCGAAAAACUUACUUACUUAUCAUUCUCAUGCGUAGAGCAACUUCUGACAGUCAUGGUAACUUUCCUUUGUUUUAUAUACUAUUUUGUCUAGCAAUAGCUUAAAGGAAAAUAUUUCCAUGAAAAUAGCUUUCAUCUCAGUUGGCACAACUUGGUUGAAAAUAAACCUGAGGUAGGAGUGGAUUUAUGGGGGAGGGGGGCAGCAAUCAAACCUGAGAGUGAUCUCAGACACAGUUGUAGAAAGUUGUUUAGUAGUGUUAGUGAAAUGAUAGAAUGGUCUGGAUCUAAUUGACAUUCUGGUGUUAAUUGAAACUAAGUUCUUAUUACUUUAAUUUCAAGUGCUUCUAUCUUCUCUUCUUUAGCUUGUAGCAAUAAGAAAUACCAUCUGCCAUACUGAAUGGCUGACCUAUUGCUGGGCCUAUGCUUCUGUCCUGUAUGACUGACUGCUCACUAACAGAACACCUGAACCACUGACUUCUUAAUCCAAAGAUUAUAAUAAUCUCUGGAGGGAAAAAGGAAAAAAACAAACAAACAAACAAACAAACAAACAAACAACCUUAGAUUUGGAUUUAGCAUUUAGAUUUAUGCUGUACAGUAAACUGUAGAGAGAGAAAACUUUAUGGAAAAUCAAGUUUUGUGGUUUAGAUGGUGAUUUAAUGAUUUCCUGCUUGGUGCUGGCAUUUUACUAGUGUUCAAGAUAAUGACAGACAGGAGUUGUAUUUCAAUGCAAUGUUUAGGAAUGGAGAACAUACAUACAAACUCCUACUUCAAAAAAAAAGCAUAAAGUAAUUACAAUUUACAUGUAAACCCUGAUGAAACUGUAUGUGCUUAGGAUAGUGCUCCCCAAAGUGCUUUAGUCUGCAGGUCCUACGUCAGAUGAGCUCAAGUCCUCAUUAGUUUUCACUUAACGUACCAGCUUCACAACCUAACUUGUAUCCAGUGCAGCACAUAGUUUAAGAUCUAGUGAUUUGGGGUCUCUUCCAAAGCACAGUAAAUCACUACAAAAAGUCACUAUUUUGAAACAGAUUGCUAAAUAAAUACUGUCUGGGAACAAGAAACUAAUCUGCUUAGUCAGGAUUAAAAUGAUAGAUAAUAAACAAAAAAAUGAACUAUUACUAUCAUAUGAAGUGCUUACUAUUGUCAGAGUUUCAUAAGGUCUAAAUUAACCCUCACAUAGAAGUGCCUGUAUUGUUAUUGGUUGCCAUUCUUAAGCUUUUUCAGAAAGUAAGUCAUAGCCAUAUAUUUUAUAUAUACAUAUGCACCUUUAAGUCUUUACAUUAAAUUUGCAGAACAAAGGUUUACAGAGCAGAAGUGUAGCAAAAACAAUGCAAUAGCUUCUAUAUUUUAAUGGUAACAGAAGGGAGAAGUACAAAACUGAGGAGGAAAAGACUAUCUGUGUAAAGAUGUCUUAAUAUGACACCAUAUAAUCAUCCAAUUUAAUUCCAUGAAGUGAUGUGGUUGCAAGAAUGCCAGAAAUAUAUCAAGCCAUUUCAAAUGAAAACAGUUCUUUGUGGGCUUGUGUAUUCCAUUUGUUUGUAAAACAUCUUUUUUGUGCACUGUAAUGAACUUGAAAUGAAACAAGUUAUACUCGUAUCACUGAACAGAGUACUGUUCAGCUACCUCUACGUAAGAUUGAAGUACUUUAUUUUUUUCCAAAUUUGUUCGUUGUCAUAUACAAUAUAUUUUUUAAAAAUCAUAGUCCAAAGAAUCUGUAUGUGUUUGUAGAUGUACUUAAAAUUCUGUUGUACUGACAAAGUCUGUGUGGAGAGUUGUGUUUGCUAAUUAAAAUUUUUGUGUUCUUUA